AUGUCCAGGGACGAGUACCGAGAGGACAUCGACACCAAGAUGCGGUACUUUUUGUACGCCGGCUCUCACGCGGUCGAUCUGCAGAAGAAAAAGAGGCUGGAGACCAACGCGCAGCACUGCGCCAUCCGCCAGGCCGCGCUGCUCAAGCUCGACGCCGAGGAAAGCGUUCAGGUCUGA